CCUCCAUCCCAGAAAGAUGACUUGCUCCAGCCUGUGCUAUCCAGAAUGCGGAGUGGCCCGGCCAUGUCCGGUCACUGGUACCUGCAACGAGCCAUGCGUUAGGCAGUGCCAAGACUCCGAAGUGAUCAUCAGACCCUCACCAGUUGUCGUGACCAUCCCAGGACCCAUUCUCAGCAAUUUCCCUCAACACAGUGCAGUGGGAGCUGUAGGAGCACCUGUGGUCGGACCCGGUUUUGGAGGCACAUUCGGUCCUGGGGGAUUUGGCUAUGGAGGCCGUUACGGAGGAUGGUACGGUUUAGGCGGGUAUGGUGGUUAUGGCUACCCUUACGGUUAUGGGGGAUUAGGCUAUGGAGGCCAUUACGGAGGAUGGUACGGUUUAGGCGGAUAUGGUGGUUACGGCUACCCUUAUGGGUAUGGGGGAUUAGGCUGUUAUGGGGGACUAGGUGGUUACCUGGGUGGUUAUGGUUUCGGCGGAGUAUGUGGUUCCGGGGUAUCUUGCCAUAGGUACCUCAGUGGAAACUGUGGGCCAUGCUAA